GCGAGCGUUUGUACCCUGGGGGAGACGGUGCUCCACAGGGCUGGUACAUCGCGGUGUUUCCCCGGGUUAUGUUGGUAUGUUGGCGGGGUGAUCGUGCGUCGGGCUCGCAUUACGUUUGUCAAAGAGAGGGGAGUUGGCAGGAGAGCUGGGCUGUGAGCACGGCUCUGUCUGAGGGAGAUAGUGAAAUCUCUGAAUAACCUGCACCAAUGCUACCACCACAGACGUACAACUGGGGCGUAGAGACGCUUUGGACUGCCUCACCUACCUGACCUUUGUAUAUCAUGGGACCUGACCUCAUGUCGACCUUCCCUUUUACCCAGCAGGCUGCAGUUCCUUCAAAAUUGGGAAGUCUCCUAAAGAGUAUCAAGUUUCUCGAGCCAUCCUGCCACCUUUAAUUCCAGGGAUGAUCCAUUCAUUGCCACUGCAAUUGACUGCCAUUCAGACAUCCAGUAAGGUGGAAACAAAGCAAUCUCUUUCUCAUUCCAGUAAAGAAGGUUCUAGAUGAUGAGGAUACUAUCAUAAGGAGAGAAUAUCUUCUGUGAAUCCCAAAUAGUAAGACACAUGGGACUAUUUUUCACUUGACAUCUGCUAGAAGAAAACAUUCUGGGUCUGUUAGAAUGCUGCUGGAAACACAUUUACCAGUGCUUGACCUGAUAAGCCAAGACUGGAGUCAAUCAUCUUUGAGAAUGUUAGAAAACAAUCUUAAAAUCAAUAGUGAUGAAGAAAGUGGACAGGUACCACAGACGUUUGUUCCUAGGACAAAUUCUGCGAGGGCAAUCCUUGUCCUUUGUGGCAAUAAAACAUCUCGUAUAUCAAGCAGGUGUCGAAGUAGUUUUGUUCAUUGCAGCCUCCACUCCAUCUUUGGCCAGACAUGUAAUCCGGUGCAACAGACUCAAGGCACAGCUUUACGUCAUUACAAUGAUGAGCCAAACAGUUCCAGCGAGUCAGAAAGCAGUUCAGGAUCUGACUCUGAGGUCGGAAUUUGCUCAAGAGACACCAAUAGCAGUAAACCUUCACUUGUCUCUAUGCCUGAGCUGGGGCAGACCGCAAAUAGUAAGUGGCAACUUGACAAAUGGUUAAAUAAAGUGAACACCACCACUGUGAACAAAAAUGGCAAUUAUGGACUCAGCAACUAUCAGUUACAUUGUCGACAACAGAAUGAGAACCAAGAAAGGGCAAAAGAUCCUUUACUCAGUCAAAUGGACUUCAAAGACCAGGAAAAUCAAACUCUUGACGGAAAAAACCAAAGGUCUACACCUGCUCUCAAAACUAAAUGUGGUAAACAAAUGUUACUGGCUGAUAAUGAAUCUGCCUCUGAAAGAAAGUUACUUUGCAAAGAGCAAUCCAGGAAGACAGUAAAAAUGUCAAUUGAAGACGAUCUCAGUUUGCUGAGCUCAGAGAAUCAAAGCGUGAUUUGUAAUGAAGGAGGAAGCCAGGACUCAAGUACAUCUGACCAAGACAAAAUCAAUCCUACUGUCAACAAAACAGAAUCUAAAAGAGAAGAGGAGACAGGUACACAUUGUGAGAAAAUCAAGUACAGGGAAAUUGGUAAAAAUGUACCUAAAUCUGGAGAAUUUGACGGAGCUGAGUGUUUAUUACCCUCAAUUUUAUCAGGCUCAAGACUGGACUCUGAUAAUGAACAGUAUCUUCAAAUCAAAUAUCCAUUAACUUCUGCUUCACCAAAAAACCACAAAGUUAAUGACUGCAGCAGCGGUGUCAGCCGAGUCAGGAGCUGCAGUGCAGUCAACUCUGUCAGUGGGACAAUUAAUGAAUCAAACAAAGACUCAGAAGAGCAAUUGUUUGCUUUAGUUCCUUUUGGUCGAAAUGAACUACUUUCACCUUUAAAAGGCAGUGGAGAGAAUGAGGAACUCAAGUCUCUCUGGGUAAAAAUAGACUUGACACUCUUACCUAGAAUUCCUGGACAGUUAUCCAAAGAGUCUCUAAUCCAAAAAAAUGUUGCUGAGGGAAUUUGGAAUAUCAGUGUCAAUAAAGGUUGCAGUUCUUCAAGGGAGAAAUUAUCAACAAGAUCGAAAAGGAAACGCAAGCGUGUAAACAGUAAUGCUGACAAGAAAAGUAAAAGGAACCAUUUAGACAACAAACAUCUUCUUGUGGGACUACCCUCUACUGACAACUGUUCUGCAUCAAGUCAGAAAGCUACAUCUUUCAAUGAAUUAUCCAAGCAAACAAAUGGGACAGAGAAAAUGAUUCAUCCUUUUCUUUCACCAUUACCUGGAAUCUCUAAUCAGAAGCACCCCAAUGAAAUCAACACUACUGCUGGAGGAGGCAAUGAUACUGUUUUACCUAGCAACUCCUUGUUAUCCUUACCUUCCUUAAGUUGGAAAUCUGAGUCAAAACCACAGAGUUGCUCGAAAGACUCCAGUAAAGGGAUCCACAUUAACUCCACCAGCAAUCAACUUUGCGAUAAUCAAUCAUUUCAAACACCUGAAGAGAAUUCAUGGCUAGCAACUUCAAAGUGGCAAAAUGAUUCCUGCAGACCCAGACUUGUUUUUGAUGACAACAUGCAACAUAAUGCUGACUAUUACAUGCAGGAGGCAAAGAGAAAGAAACACAAAGCUGAUGCUAUGGUGGAAAAGUUUGGAAAGGCAGUAAAUUAUAUAGACGCAGCAUUAUCUUUUAUUGAAUGUGGCAAUGAAAUGGAACAUGGACCACUUGAAGCCAAAUCUCCAUAUAUGAUGUAUUCUGAAACAGUGGAACUCAUCAGAUAUGCCACAAGACUGAAGAUUCAUUCAAAUGUAACAGCCACUCAAGCAGAUAAGCAGCUAGCUGCUUUGUGUUACCGUUGUUUGGCACUUCUUUAUUGGAGGAUGUUCAGACUUAAGAGGGACAGUGCAGUUAAAUAUUCUAAAGCCCUGAUAGACUAUUUCAAGUGUAACAGAAAGGAAGUGCUAACCAGUGGUACUGCACAUAGUAAUAUGCAUCAGAAGGAACUGAACACACAUCAGUACUGCAGUUGUCCACUUAAGCUCAAAUACACUCGUCAUUGCUGCAAUUUUAGGAAAAAACAGGACUCUGGUGAAACAGUUAAAAGUUCAAACCUUUGGGGAACCAGUGAGAAGUGUAUUAGAACAUCUAUGCCAAUGUUGUCUACACCCUCCCCUGUUACUUCUGUUGGAUUUCUUGAGAGCCGUUCCAGUAACAGUGGAUCAUCCCCCUCUUCAACUAUUAAUAUUCCACAGCGAAUCCAUCAGUUGGCUGCUAACCAUGUCAACAUCACCAACAGCAUUCUCUACAGUUAUGACUACUGGGAAAUGGCUGAUAAACUGACCAAGGAAAACAAAGAAUUCUUCCAUAAUCUCGAUGCGCAGAUGGGACCUAUAACACUACAAAGUAGUAUGAAGCAGCUUGUUCGUUACACUCAACAAGGACUGCAUUGGAUCCGAAUCAGUAAUCACAUGUUGUAGUGCUUUUUAUGAAUGAUCACAUUCCAUGAACUUUAAAUUCUAAAGUGCUGAAUUGCUAGUUAAUGCAGAAGGUGUCCUGAGAAAAUCGAAGGAAAUUUUUGCUGCGGAAUUUCAAAUCAUAAAUUUGAUACUUCUUUGAUGUUAAAGAAUAUUAGGCUUCAGUCCAUGAAUUUGGCAAGAGGUGAAAGAAAGAUCGGGCCAAUUCUAUUUAGCAUUCUUUCCUUUUGUUUUCCCCUUUCAGCAAUUUACUGCAUUCACAUCUAGAAAUACUAUUGCCAGCUUCUGCAUUUUACAAACUUUGGGCAACAAAAGAAUCUAUCUUCGCCUUGACUGUUCAGAAAUCUUUAUUGUCAACUGCUCAUGUAUUUGAAACCUUAUUUGCUUUCUCAUGUAGGUUUCUACCUUUUAAGGUACAUUAAUAUCAUAUGUAUUCACAUUUUAUAAGCAAAAAGUAAAAAAGGGUAAGUGCAAUUUAUGACAGCAAAUAAUAAGUUAAUUAGGAGACCAUUUAGGUUAAGACUGUUGAUGGUGUCAAUAAAGACAGAGGUGAAAUUCCUAUUGAGAAAAAAAUAAAAGCUGUCUAAGAAAUAUUGGUCAGAGUAUGUGUUGUAAUUAUAACUAUGUUCUUAAGAUUACUUUAUGAUGGUUAAAAGGGUUUUCUAGGAUUCAGAUUUUAAUUGAUCAUUUUUGAUUUAAAAUUCUGCUUCGUCAAAUGCUAUAACAUUUUGUUGGUAAUGUUGUGCUAUUUCAAAAACCAAGUUAAAGAUAUAAUUCUAUGGGUUAGUUGAAAACUUCGGGGCAUUGUUUUCAGAGCCCAUAUAUGUCUCUCAUAAACUUUAUAUUGCAAGAACAUGCCCCAUAGACAAGUUGGCAUUAUGGAAAUGUUCCAAAUGACCCAUCUUUCUGUCUUCAAGGCAGUCUCAGUUGACCAGAAUGUGGAACUUCUGUGGAGGCUUGUCUGAAAUUGUGCUACGACUUCAGGAAAAGUCAGCAGAAACCGUAAAGCAAGCCAGGACUUCUGCUGGCUUUCUGUAGAAGUCAUACCUGCGACAGAGGAAUCUUUAUGGAAAUUGUUUCCCUUAAGACCAGCAGUAUUCUAUUUAGUAAAGAGUAUAUAGGAAAUAUAUUUUCAGCAAAUUAAAGUUACUUGUCAGUUUAGGAUUAAAGAGGGAAAGUCUCUAUUGUACAGUUUGCCUCAAAACAUCAGUGAGAAAAGAUCAUUCAAAGAGAGAAGCAAAAGUCUUUGCUUCGUCCUGUUGACUAAAUAAUUUUCAUAACUAAGUUUUCUCAUUCCAAUUUAGUUUUUAAAGUUCAAUGCCAAUUUAAGGAAUAGCCAUAUUUGGUACGACUGGGUUGGUGAUUUGUUUAUCUACCAUCUUUCUACAUGACCAAAGCAAAAGAUGUCAGCAGGCAAUAAACAAUAGCAUCAGUUAAAACAGAAGUCUUAGAUAAUGUGGAUCAACUAUUUGGACAGGUUUUCAACAGUUCAAAAGCAUCAAUAACAAUUAUCAUUUAGAAUAUUAUUUGAUCUAAAGAUUAUUUAACCUCUAUGUUAAAAUGCCAUGCCUAGAUAUUUUAUCAUCUUUUGCCAAUAUAGGCUUUAUGGGAGUAAAUUAAGUAGUAAAGUGCUAUUGCAGUGCUAUAAUGAUUGUUAUUUACCUGAGCAUUAAUUCAGCAUUUUAUCAUAUUCAACUUGUCAGGUCUUUGAUAUCUGAGAUUAAAAAAUGGUCUGAAUAUUUAUUUUUUAUCCAGAAUGUAAUUAUUAAUCCAGUAUUAUUUUGCCCCAACAUAGAACAUUCAUUUUAUUCCUUUGUUAAUAAGCUUCGCCUCCUCUUCUUUAUGUUUGUGAUAUUUGUGUAAUGCUACUCAUUCAUCAAGAAUAUUUCCUAGCCAAAGUACGUUUGUUUCUUACAGAGUUUAUCAUGUGUUUAAGUAUAAUAUUGAAUACUGUAUAAAGUGUCUAUUAGUAAUGCAUUCAAUUUCUUUCUAAAAUUAUUUCACUUUUCAGUCUAGUAUGUGUAUCUAACACUCUCAUUGCUUCUUUCAAUGAUUUUAUAUGUUUAGAUGAAAUGUGCAAAUAUAUGAAGUCAAUUAAACUACUACAAUUAGCAUAAUAUACAGGUACAGAGAUGUGAGAUUGAAGACUUAGGAAUCAUCCAGACUCUUACGUAGAGCAAUUUAUAUUAAAUGGAAUUCAUAAUGGGUUUACAGGACCAUAAACAUGAAGCCUAAUUUAUAUAUUACAACAGCCUGAUCAAAAAUAAUGAUAAUUCUGUAUUUUAAAAAUGCAUUUUCAUUUCAAGUUUGAUGCUUACAGAUUCUCACUUUUUAAUUUGUUUGCAUUAAUUUUAAUUGAGCUCAAUUGCAAGGCUCUCAAAACUUCUAAGCAAAGUGCUUUAUAUGAAAAGGCAAAUACUAAUUGCAGAGUCCCAAUGUCCGCCUUUUGUUGGAAUUUUUUUUAUUAAUGCAGAGGUGUAGCAAUAAAAUGUCAUAAGAUUUAGCAGACUUGAGAAGACUUUGCUUAGUCAAAAUAAUUAUAGUUAUGGCACCUCACAGCCUAUCAGUAACAAAUUUUAUGUUCCUGCACAUAUUGGUUAUUAUUCUAGCAAAAUCAUAUGCAACUAGUUUUAAGGACCAGAAGCCUUGCUCUAGCAGUUCUAAAUUAAAAUGACAUUUUCAGCUGCUUUCUAGUUGAAGCAUGAAUUACCUCAGUUUAGAACCUCUCCCAGUUUAUCACCUUGUGCUUUCAGAACAGAUAAAAGAUGAAAGUAUGAUGAGAUUUUGCACUCAAUCACUUCUCCCUUAACAUCAGUAUCAGCAGUUUCCUCUAAUAUGAAGAUGGUGUAAGCUCACUAAUUCUGCUUUCAUGUAUUGCCAGGAUUUUUCUUACACAACCUCCUUUUCGUAACAACUCACCAACACCCUCCCCAUUGCCAAAAAUCACUGUUAUUGCUGCCAUUGUUUGUCCAAAGGAUCCAUCCUUCUGAUGCACUAUCUUUCCAUACCAGAUGCAAACAUUGCCCAAAUUGGAUGAAUGUUGUCUGUCAGACAAGCAGUCUCUCUUCCAUCUCCAAUAUUUUUAUGACUAUGUAAAAGAGUUUAACUUUUCGAUGUUCCUAUACUUAUUCAUUUUCAAGAUUGUUUGGAGCAGGUUGGAAAUUAAUCUUUAACUCCAGGAAACUCCAGUUCAAUUCUGGAGGAUUGGCAACUGAGGGCAAUGGCCACAUGCAUCUGUCCAAAUACAAACCAUUGGUAUUCAUGGCAGCCACCUGAUUUCUGUAUGUGGUUAGCCUACCACUGAGAACGCAUGAAGGGUCAUUCACUGAUAGUCCCACACUUAAAGCGAACAGACAUAAGAUCACCAAAUUGCUAUAAUUUCCUUUGUGAACAAUUGGUAAAAAUAAUACUUUCUCUGUUUUUGAUCAAAACAUGUCUAUAAGUUUCAGCAUUAUCCUUUAUUUACUUGUAUUUUCUUUAUAUACCUCAACACAAGUGUCAAAAAACUGGCUUAAAAAAUCCCAUUUAAUUGCACCAAUUAGAGAGAGAAAUGAAUGAAGAACAAUAGACAGAAGAUAGGCUUAUCAAGCACCACAGACUCACAAGCUGAGAUACACCUAAUUCAAUACAAGCAAUGCUUAGGGAAACAAUGCAUUAUUUGUCAGACUGUGCAAGAUUUGUGUGAUAUACUUGAGCCAGAUCUGAAGCAAAUUUUAGGAUGGCUAGAGAUCGCUUUUGAUGAAAGUAAAUUCCAAAACAACAAAGUUGCUGGACACUGAGACAAGAUGCCCAGAAGAGAAUGGUGUAGAUUAUAUGGAGAUGUCAGAGGCAAUCAUUGCCAAGAACUAUUGUAGAGUGCUGGUAAGAUACGGCAACACAUGUUCCUAGUCUCACAGUGAGAAACCGACCCAAAACACUUUACAAAACACACACUUAGCCAAAAUGAGUAAGAUUCAGCCAUUUUUUCUGUUUUUGAGAUGUAUUGAAGGUUUAACAUGUCAGAUUUUAUUUCAACUUUAAAUAAUUUUUUAAAGUCAAAGAUUGAAUUUCUGCUAUAAAACACUGAUAACUUUCAUUGGAUAUUAUGCUAAUUAGCUAUUUGAAAUAAGUAGUCUUUUAACCAAUAUUUUGUAUUUAACCCUUACCAUGCAGUAUACCCUUGUUGUUUAUGUGACUACAUAAGCUAAUCUGACUGAAUCUCUCUCUCUUAAAAUGUUCCAACUGCCUUUGAUUUUAACAUUAAUGGUUUAACUUAUCCAUGUAUGCCUCAAAAAAUUGUUAGGAUUUGAUGUAUUUAUAUAAUUUUCAGGUCAGUUCCAACUAAC